AUGCAAGCCGCGCCCGAAGAUGAGAAGGGUCCCGAACGCGGCCAAAGCGAGCGGCUCAAGGCAUCAAGCCCGGUGACUCGUUUGACUCUGUCCAACAUGCUGCGACGCUCGGUUGCCGAGAUAGCGCGAGCUGAGGGGGAUAACAACCGGCUCUUGGAGUCUGCCGGCUCUAUAGAGAACAUACACCAUCGAUACUCGAGUUCUGAGAAGCCAGCGAGCGAGUUCGAGAUUGACUUGCACGAUCUCUGGUUCACCUACUACCAUGCUGCGAAGAAUACUACCGCUCAGAACCCUAUGCUGGACCGACUUGUGGUCCAGAUUAUUCAGGCUAGAGAGUUGGGUUCACUACGCAGACCUUCUCCCGCAGACGCCAGCGUCAUAACCGAGGCGACGACUUCUGAUGGGAUCAUUUGGACCGAUCUGCCCUUUUUGGUCCCAGACAUGACUGGAUUUUGGCUCCAGGACUGGCCAAUGAUGAGCGCAAGCAACCUUCUCAGCUUUGUCACCUUCUUGGCAAAACUGGCGUCCGUCGGUGUCUGCCAGGACAGGCUGAGCGGUGUCGGCCUCGCUCUGCUAUGCGAUGCGCUCGAGACCCCGCGCCCGCUGGGGGCGUCCGGGGAGGAGCAUGGAGAAGAUCCGUCCAGGCUCCCGCAGGACGUCACUGUCGCUGCGCUCCUGCCGGCCGUCAACUCUUGGCUGUGCCAUUGCGGGCACAAGAUCGUCCAGCUGGCCGACGCCCGGUGGAAGAGCGACGCCUGCAGCCUCGGUGAGCUCUUCCGCGACGACCCGUUAUGCGGCAGCGCCACACCGACCGGUUUUAGCCCUGAGAGGUGGGUUUUCUGGCUGAAGAGACUGGAACAAAUUGCCAAAGGGGCGGAUACUGCGGGAGAUGCACGUCUUGGCGAGACCGUCCGGAAAAUGAUGGACAACAUGCUCUUCAUCGCGGAUGAGAGGCAUUCGGCGGUCAAGCAACUGCUGCAAAACUCGCCUGUAAUCUACACGACGGUUAAGAAAAUGAAGUCUGCCAUCUUUUACAACAUUUGUUUCGGAUUUGCGUCGGUUGCCAGAGCCGUUGCAGUGCCUGUUGAACCUCAGCUGCAGGGGUUUGACCAACGUCAAGAGGGCAAGCAUUGCAACAAAGGCUUCCGGGGUGUCACUGUCAUUGAGGAAGUAGCGAUUGAUGAGACGAAAGAUGGUGGUAAUGUUGCUGAAUAUGCGAGUCCAGGAUAUCCUGGAGUGACCCACCAUCUCUGGGCGGAUCAUGAUUGGGAGACUCCUGGCGGGCACGGGUUUCGACGAGGUCGAGGACAUUCUGAAGCAGAUGCACCCUCGUGGGUGAAGGAGUUUGACGUGGGAGCGUUCAUGGACCAUGCGCACGAUCGCAUCAAGGCCUCGUUCGGCACGAUUAAGUGGAGGCGCAAGUACUAUCAGGAGAGCUCUGCUAAGAGUUGUACUUUUUUUUACUUAAGCUGA